AACCAUGUGUAUACGAAGUUCCAAGCUUAACAAAGCGCAGUUCAUCGCUCGAUGUGACCCAGACGCGUGGUCGUGUCGUGUGUCAGUUCAGUUGUAGAACUUGGUUAACGGCAACUGAUUUCGGUUACCUUGUCUGUCGCUUUUCAGAAUGGAAUACUAUCCAUCGAAGGCCGAUUUACCAACAAAUCUGUAAGGUAAUCAUUUCCGAAACAUCGUGCUUUGGUCUCGUAGUGUUCGUGGUGGAUUCGGCCUCUUUAUUAAAUACUUGCUCUGCGGCAAAAAAAAAAAAAAAAAGGAAAAAAAAAGAGGGACCACUUAUAUGUAAUACUGGAAAAGGAAAACUGCGCAGACUUAGGUUCCUCAAUGAGUUUUGUUGAGUGAGAUUUGAACCAUUGCCAAGCUGCAAGCAAUAUAAAAAUACCGAUAUAUUAUUCAGACAAAUCGAGCUGAGUGCUAGUGGUUAUUUCUAAAGAAUGAAUUUUUUAUUGGUCGCAGCCAUUGGAAAAAAAAUUGUUGUAUGAUGCAACCGUGUUUGAACUUUUAAAAAUCCAGGCUGACACUCUUCGCGAAGUAAAACAAACUCUGUAACUAACAGCGAAACGCCGAGUUCAAUCAAAGAUCUCUUCUAGGUGGGGGAUCACCUCAGAUUCAGCAGUGGAAUGAAGUAGCAGGAGCCAUUAAAAGCACUGGAAAGGUUCUAGUUCCAGUCGUUCAAAUGGUCUUCGAGGAGCGAUAAGCCGUGAAAAUGUUGAUUCCUCGGAUUCUCACAUCUUUCUUGUGCUUAACCUGUUCAAGUGCUAAGCUCGACAUCGCCGAGUUGCUGCCGCCAGACUACGACAUCACAAAAGAACCCAUUCGUGAAGAUGGAAAACCAAUUACAGUUGGAGUCAGCUACAGCAUAAAGGGGAUCUUCGACGUCAAUUUUAGAGAUAUGACAGUAUUAUUGGCGAUGUACUUCAAAAUGCGAUGGGUCGAACCACGCCUGAUUCUCCCCCAGAACAUGACCCUCCUCAGUCCCAGAGCUACGGUACCUGUGCAUUCCUCGAUCCUGAAGAAAAUCUGGCUCCCUGACCUCUACAUCCACGAGGCGGUGGACAUCAGCUCCUUCGACAUGAUUAGGGAUAUCGAAGGGGUCAGAAUCAGCGAGGAUCACUCGAUAGCAUUUUCGUCGAUAUAUAAGACGCGUUUGGCUUGCCCCAUGAAUUUUGAGAAGUAUCCUUUUGACAAGCAAACCUGCUCCAUGACUGUGUCCUCGUACAAUUUCGGCGAAGACGAUUUGAGACUGGAAUGGACAAGUGCCGGUGUCAGCGUCGAGAGUGAAGUGAAAAAGCAAGUCCCCAACUACAACUUCCAUAUAACGACCACAAAUAUUGUGUCUCAACCCUUCUGUGUCAACUGCACAUCUACCCCGCGUUCAGUUGGCAAAUCUUUCCUGAUAUUCGAAAGGCGUUACGCAGGCCACCUCCUGACGAUGUACUUCCCGUCGGGACUCGUUGUUUCUCUGGCGUGGUUGUCCUUCUUCUGGCCCCCAGAGGCUGUCCCGGGUCGAACUGUUUUGAUUAUUACGUCGCUCCUCGCCGUCGUCAACAUGCUAGGCUCCCUUAGUCAACGAGCACCAGAAACCAGUUACAUGAAGGCUGUGGACGUGUGGCUAUUCAUCUGCAUCAUUCACGUUGCUUUAGCUCUGUUCCAAUAUGGCAUUGUCAUCACUAUCAGGCGGCAGAAGGAACGCGGGGCAGGGCGCAUCUUCCAGGAAAAGCUUCCUAUUCCAAGGAGCAGCAAUAUUCUCAGUGUUGGUUCUAGUAAUACCCACGAAGGCCGUCCUUGUGGCUCGCCAAGCCCUCCUGUUUAUUGUGUGAAGGAAUCCAAGGAAUCCUCUCCCCUUGCCAUCCAGGCUUCAAGUUCCAAGGAAGAAAAUUGUAAUCCUAGGCUUCGACAGGCACUUCAGGAAUACGUGGUAGAAAGAAUAGGGCAGAUUGGAAUGCCUAUUCUUUUUUCCUUGUGCUGUUUGGUUUAUUGGCCUUACUAUCUUACCUAGAUUUCCAUUCAUGUUAUUACAAGAUGAGCGUGGAUUUUAGAAAGUAACAGGAUUUAUAAAUCUUGAGAGUCAUUUUAAAUAAUUCUCAUUAAAUACUUUUAUCAUUCAUACUUGUCUCUAUUAAAUACAAUAGCUUCUGUUUUUCUCUCUCAUGCAUGAAAUAAAGUCUUUAUGUA